GUAUCAAACUUCCGGUCACGGCCGUAUGACGCCAUACUCAAAACAAGCAGAAAAUGAGAGGUCCUUCGGAGACUAAAAAGUCUAGAAACAGCCGCUUUGAUCCCGAAGAGACGGUCCAGUCCUCCAAAAUAUUACAGUGAAGAUGUGUACAACGCGUGAUAUAGUGAUAUUUUAACGGUUUAAUGAGUGAUUGUCAACAGUUGGGCAAAAUCAUUAACGUUAGCUAGCUAACGCAAUAACUUGUUAGCCCCGGUUAGGUAGCCACCAAUAACUCCCGACAUUUGGUAAGGCAAACUGGAUUGGUUCUGUGUUGUUGGCUGACAGUGCAUCAGGGGUGUGAGAAGUGAGGCUGCUAGGCAUUUCUCCAGUUGACGCCGUUCCCUGGAGCAGCCUCAGCCCAGUCGGAGAGACGGGGAACAGGAUAGGGAAGCAGGGCGGCUCGGCCACCUCGGAGCCUGUGGAGAAGAUGGCGGGGAGCCCCGAGAAGAGUUCGUCCGCUCAGGAGCUGAAGGAGCAAGGGAACCGGCUGUUUCUCUGCCGCAAAUACCAGGAGGCCGCUACAUGUUAUAGCAAAGCAAUAAAUCGAAAUCCAUCAGUGGCCGUGUACUACACAAACCGUGCCCUGUGCUACGUGAAACUGCAGCAGUACGACAAAGCCUUAGCAGAUUGCAAACACGCCCUUGAACUGGACAGUCAGUCGGUGAAAGCGCACUUCUUUCUGGGCCAGUGCCAUUUGGAACUUGAAAACUAUGAAGAGGCCAUAGGGAAUCUGCAGAGAGCCUACAACUUGGCAAAGGAGCAGCGUUUGAACUUUGGAGACGACAUCCCAAGUGCGCUACGUCUGGCGAAAAAGAAGCGCUGGAACAGCCUGGAGGAGAAGCGCAUCAAUCAGGAGAACGAGCUGCACGCCUACCUGACAAAACUCAUCUUGGCUGAGAAAGAGAGGGAAAUCGAGGAAUGUCGAGAGAAGCAAGGGGACGAAAAUCAAAGUGGAAGCGAGGCCAGCAAAAUCAAGGCUAAACAUGAUAAAUAUCUAUUGGACAUGGAUGAGCUGUUUGCUCAGGUGGAUGAAAAGAGGAAGAAAAGAGAGAUUCCAGACUACCUGUGUGGGAAGAUCAGUUUCGAACUGAUGAGAGAACCCUGCAUCACCCCCAGCGGCAUCACGUAUGACCGCAAAGACAUCGAGGAGCACCUACAGCGCGUGGGCCAUUUUGACCCGGUAACCCGCAGCCCCCUGACGCAGGACCAGCUGAUCCCUAACCUGGCCAUGAAGGAGGUGAUUGACGCCUUCAUCCAGGAGAACGGCUGGGUGGAGGAUUACUGAAAACGCACAUAAAAAACACACACUCACACACACACACACACACACACGCACGUGCGCACUCACACACACACACAUACAUUAACACACUUGUAAAGCAGUGCAGCGAGCAGAUGAGAGGAAAGGGGAGUGGAGCGGACUGAACAAAAACGGAAAUCCUCUUGGAACUCGCACUUUACACACACGGGGGGGACGCCGUGGACGAUUUCUCAGGUCUCCCUCCUUCCUUUCCUU